CUGUCAGUUGGUUAAACGAAGAGCGAGUUCUUUGUUUACGAAUAAAUCAAAUAAUUCUCUAACAAAAAGUCUAUCCAGUGACUCACACUGGAAUUGCAGUGUAACAGAUUUUUAACGCAACUUCCCAUCAAUUGUGUUGGUUGACAUCAAGUUCAUUGACAAAGGUUCAAUUUAAGUAGCAAUAUUAGUGCGGAAUGGUGUUGAUAUUGUAAAUUUUAGUGUUAGAAUGGCAUCGUCAGCAGAGGAAAGUCCGAUAAUAAACUCGGACAUAGAAAAUGAUGUUACGAGUAGCCGUCGGAACUUGGUGGAGGCGGAACCAGUGGAAGAGACUACAGGAUGGAUCAAGUGUCGAACUGUGCUUGGCAUUAUGGGGUUCCUGGGCUUUGCCAGUGUAUAUGCCAUGAGAGUGAAUCUCUCAGUGGCUAUUGUGGCUAUGGUUAACUCUACUACACCUACACCAUCCAAUUCUUCAUCAGAUGUUGAUGUUUGUCCAGCUAGUCCCAGCAGCAACAGUUCUGUACCACAGAGGCCUGGAGACUUCAACUGGACUGUACAACAACAAAGUAUUGUUUUAGGCUCAUUUUUCUAUGGAUAUGUACUUACCCAGAUACCAGGAGGCAGAAUAGCGGAAAUGUAUGGAGGCAAACUAGUGUAUGGCUUAGGAAUAUUUUUCACUGCUGUAUUUACAAUAUUAAGUCCAAUUGCUGCAUACACUGAUAUUUCAUUCUUCAUUGCUGUCCGUGCACUGGCUGGUUUAGCUGAAGGUGUUACCUACCCAGCAAUGCAUGCUAUGCUAGCAAGAUGGAUACCUCCAUUAGAAAGAUCUAAGUUUGCAGCUUAUGUCUAUGCUGGUUCAAAUAUUGGCACAGUGAUAACAUUACCUAUAUCAGGGUGGCUGUGUACCCUUGAGUUUGCUGGUGGAUGGCCACUCUGUUUCUACAUUUUUGGCGGUAUUGGCGUCGUGUGGUUUGUUUUCUGGCUGUUACUAGUGUAUGACACGCCACAGAAACAUCCAAGGAUUUGUCCAAAGGAGAUUGAAUAUAUUGUUACUACUAUUGGCCCUCAGCAAGAAGAUAAACCUUCGUCAUCGAUUCCUUGGUUGAAGUUCCUAACUUGUGUCCCUCUAUGGGCCAUUCUCAUAGCGCAGUGUGGCCAGGCUUGGGUUUUCUACACACAGUUCACGGAACUACCCUCCUAUAUGAACAAUAUACUGCAUUUUGAUAUUGUAUCUAAUUCAAGACUAAGUGCCCUGCCAUACUUGACGGCGUGGCUGGGCGGUAUACUGCUGUGUAUAUUCGCCGACUGGACGCUCGCCAAGGGAUGGAUAUCCAGACUCAACAGUAUGAAACUUUGGAACACCGUCUCGGCAUUUAUCCCCGCGUUUGGUCUGCUUGGUAUCGCGUGGGCUGGUUGCGACAGGAUCGCUGUCAUUCUACUCCUGUGCAUCACGUCGGCCUUCGGAGGUGCUGCGUAUGCUGGUAAUCAAAUGAACCACAUCGACCUGUCGCCGCAGUUUGCGGGCACUAUGUACGGCAUAACGAACGCUGCCAGCAACAUUUGCGGGUUCAUGGCGCCCUACGUCGUCGGACAUAUUAUUAAAGCAGAACAGCAAACGCUGGGUCAGUGGCGUGAGGUGUUUUACUUGGCAGCGGCAAUUGAUCUGGGCACAAAUCUCUUCUAUUUAUUCUUCGCGAGCACUGAGGAACAGGAUUGGUCGCGCUCGGAACACGAUGACUUGACGGCGCCAGCACCCGUUGAAAGCAUUCUCUUCCCUGAGUCAUAGACAAGUCACAAAAUGAAGACGCUGGCGUAGACAAGACAUGUUGCGACUAAAAACUCUUACGUCGUUUGCAUGGAUUCACGUUUGUAUUGUUUUUGGAAUAUACUUUCAUAAUUAACUACCGUCAAUUCUAAGAAAUAUUUUUUUAAUGGUUAAAGUUCGGGAAAAUUGAGCUCUAAAUUUCUGACUUAUUUUUAAAGAAGUUUUUGUAAUAUAAAUCGACAAUAAUUUUGAGACGAAUGAUCAUUAUUGUUAGCUUGAAAGAAUGUAUUGGAAUUACUUUUGUUACGAGAGU